GUUAUAAAAUAAAUCUAGGGUUUCUAUACCAUCCCCCCCUUUACUCACACAAAAAACACACUUUUGCAGCAGCAGCAGCUCCCUAGACUUAAAUCUCUUCAGAAAACAAAGUGCAAACAUGGCUGCUGCACCAUACUCUGCCGUGAAGCCAGGAAAGAUGGGACUUGAAGAGACCCAAGAACAGGUUCACAAGAUAAGAAUCACACUCUCUUCCAAGAAUGUUACGAAUCUUGAGAAAGUGUGUGCGGAUUUGAUCCGUGGAUCCAAGGACAAGAAACUGAGAGUUAAGGGACCUGUAAGGAUGCCAACUAAAGUUCUCAAGAUCACUACCAGGAAAUCCCCCUGUGGUGAAGGAACAAACACAUGGGAUAGGUUCGAGCUUCGUGUCCACAAGCGUGUUAUUGACCUUUUCAGCUCACCAGAUGUCGUGAAGCAAAUCACCUCCAUCACCAUUGAACCAGGUGUUGAGGUUGAGGUUACAAUUGCCGAUCCUUAGAUGCAUUGGUUUUACUUGUAUUUUACUGUUUGUUUUAUGUCUGGCGAGUCUUUUGAGAUAGUAUUUUAUGUAGGACUUCUGCAGUUACAAUUUUUGAAGUGAUAUAUUUGACUGCAAUGGUAGACUGGUAUUUGCUAUGUCACUACUUUAUGUUUAUCUAGCUCUUGAAUGAUUCUAGACCAAACAAAAUUUGGUCAUAAUAUUGGUUUCUCUUGAA